AAUAAACUUUGUAGAUAUUAAUCCUAAUAUUUUUAUGCAUAAUUCCAGUUCAAACAGCAGCUCGUAACAAAAUCUAGAUUAGAGAUGUGCAAACUAUAAAAUUCGAAUUUGAAUCUCUGUGAUUCGGAUACAUAUAUUCGUACAUUUUUAAAAAUUAUGUUUUUUCUUUUUUUCAUACAUAUUCUAUAAUAAUUUUGUAAUUCUUGACGUGGCGAUGACUUAAAAAUGGUUUGUUAACUAAAAAUGACUUUAAAAUUAAUUGAAAAUGAAUUUAUUCCCAUAUUUGAAGUAUCAUAACUUGUCGCUGUUAAAUCUUUUGAGAUCACAUGUUUAUCAUACAAACGGAUAGAUUUAUUGUCGAUAGACACACGGUGUUCUGCCGCGGAAUUAAUUUCCAAGCUGAUAAUUCGGCAUGGAAUUUUUCAGUAUUAUCGGUAUCUUUCGCGCCUCUGUAGCUUCCCUUAUUUUCUCCUAUUUUUAUCGGAUUUCGAUCAGAUGAGAAGGCAGAUCUCAUGAAGGAGGGGACGAGGAAAAACAAUUUACCCACCACGUGGUGUCUAGUAAAUUACCCUCUUAGGAUUAGGAUCGUUUGAUGGUUGCUUGAUUCCGGGGUUUUCGUUUGUGCAGUAAAUCGAUCACAUCGAUCCGUAUAGGUUUUGUAUUUGGGUCGAGCUUGUAUACGUAUAUGUAUAGUUCGCAGCUAGUUUUUUUUUUAUUCACUCGCCCAUGUGGCCUAAACCGCGAAGAGGUGAAGCGCGUGCCAGCAGGGCGCGGGAAAACGAUUAGUUUUUAAUUUGGCCCGAGCCGAUUCGAUCGCGUGAAAUUGUGGCCGGGAGGCUCGUGCGUUCGUUUUCGGUUCGGAUUUUUCGGCAGCUCGGAGAGCUGCCUCUCUUUCGGCCGUCUCCUCUCUUUUUUUCUCUCCCUUUUUUUUGCAAGGGCGUUUCGCUUCACGUCCAACGUCUGCCUGUACCAUUGGGAGCUGGUCGAUCAGAAUCGGAAUUGCUUUUGACCGCAACUCGAUCAAGAAAUGCCCGGCUCCACCCUUUCGUCCUAAAUUUCCUAUUUUCGAAGCCAUUUUUUUCUAAACGCGCGUGGCCACGAACCUCACGAUUGCUCUCUGUAAACUCUCUGAUUUUUCCAAUAAAUUUAUAUUUCGCAAAAUUCUACGCGUUGAUAAAAGCAAUCGUCCAACGGAGUGUUUAUCGUGAAUGUUUCAAUAAUUUGAUUUAGAGUCGUUUCUUCGUGGAACCAUUUUAUCCAUGCAAACAUCGCGUUAUGUACACUGGUCUUGAUUUACACAUGAUACGCGACAUAUUUCGUUAAAUAUGCUCAGUGGCAAAUUUAGUUACUUUAUAUAUAUUUUAUUGGCAAAUACGCGACUCUUUUCAUAUCAUUUGUCUUUUUCACAAAUAUAUUUAGCGGCACGUAUUACAUUAAGUCCUAUUUAGCUUAGACCUCAUGAAAGAACAUAAUUAUUUUAUAUUUGUGAUUUUUCAAGAAAUUAUUAUAGAGCAAGCAAGAAUUAUAUGCAAUUGCACUCCAUUUCCUAGACACUCAAAACACUCUCGCGCUGGAGAAACCUUUAAAUAUUAAUACUUAAUACAUUUCUCGUUGGAAUGCGUCGAAUUCGAUCAUUACUACUCCUUCUUGGAAAGCCUGAUGAGAUGAGCGUCUUUUAGGAAGGUCGUCAUCACAGAUACGUGCAUACACACAUUCCUUUAACACAUUCUCUUUCUCUCCCUCUCUCUCUUUCUCUCUUUCUCUGUUUCUUUGGCGCUGAGGAGCGUCUGCGAGCCGCCAGUUCUCCCUCCGCAUCGUUUGCCUGUCUCUCGAAGUCGGGGCCUCACCGCGUGCAACAUGUCGCGUGCAGGCACGUGCUCCGUAAUGUAUAAUCUGACCUGUGGCCGGAGGCGUUCUACAGCGCCGAUAUAAAUUCGAAACGGCGAAGACGCGAAGGGGGGCGACGCAGAAGAAGAAGAAGAAGACGACGAAGCCGAAGCCGAAACCGGUGCAGAGGUUCCGGUGAAAGGGCCGUGAAGAUCGACGAGUACUCGCCCGGGAGAUACGAUCUACUCCCUCGACUAGCUAUAAUAUGCGGGUUCAGCUCGCUCGUGGAAAGCCGAUUUUCAGCGCUUCCGUCGAUGCGGGAAGUUGCGGGUCAGUUCGGAGAUAUAUUAUAUGUAUGCGCCGAGGUACACAAAAGAAUGUAGAUAGCGACAGAGUGGCGGUGUGGAGGGGACUUUUAAUACGGCGAUAUCAGAAAACGUAAAGUCGUUCGGUAGCGCGUAUCGCGUUCCAGAUCGGAUUCACGGAUAUAAAUUUGAGAUCUUCAUGGCGCCACUAAAGCCCUCCCUCCUCGAAUGGAUCGCGUUGUGGAUGAAAGCCGUCUGGUAUCUGCGAACGAUAUUAAGCGCCGUUAUCCUUAUCUAAUCCUUAAAUCGGUUUCUCAUUGCUUCGAGAUAUCAUAUUGCGAAACUGUAAUCGUAGCGGGUACCUUGACGUUGAAAAUAUUUUAUUUAGUACUAAAGAUGAUUAAUAUCGCGCGGGGGUUUGCUUCCGUAAAUACCUUCAGUCGGGUGCAGAGAGAGAUUUAUGCUACUUCGACGGGAAAGAAAAUAUCUCUCUUAUAGCACGCGAUAUAUCGCGGUGCAUUUUUUAAAGCAAAAAUCAGCCUUGAAAUGAUCAAAGACUGCCGCUAAUGGUUGCGAAGAGUUUAGUGAUGGUUUGCAACAAUUUCGUUUGAAAUGGCGCGCGGCGCUUUCAUGCGAUAAAAAUGAUCGUUCACGCGGAAGAUGAGGCACAAUCCCUCUGUAACGCACUCGGCGGUUUCACGGGGAGGCGUUAAACCACGUGCGAAUGUGCUUAGAAACGGGGCGCGCGGGCGAUGGGGUCUGAAACUGUUAACGCCGCAAUUUUCUCAGGCAGGCUUCGUAGCGAGGCAAAUGAGGGCCGCGGUACGACUUCGGGGGCCCCGUUUAAGGCUGCGGUCCGAAAUGAUUUCAUGGCACUUACAGCGCUCAAGGCGCUCACGGCCGGUCCGAUUCAAAUAUGACGCUAUAGACACUUUCGUUUCGGACCGGCCGUAAGCUCACUUACGUGCUAUGUAACCUAAAAUACUGUUUGGUUUAUUAAAAAUUAUAUUGUCAACAUUGUCUAGAAGCCUUAAAUCUUAGUAUAAUAUACGAAAUGGAGAAGAAACAACAGAAAAUAAUAUUGUCGCAAUAUUUGGAAUUUUGUUUGGAAAGCGAUAGUGAUUUAGAAUUUGCAAUUGAUAUAUCCUCAAGUAGUGACGACGAAGAGGAAAAAACACAAAAUUUUAUACAAAUAAUGUGUUUGUAUUUAAAUGAACGAAGAAGUAAAACCCAUAUGAGACCUCGCAUCAAGGAUUACAUUGAAAAAAUUGUUCCCAAUUAUACUGCAGAAGAAUUUAAAAUGCAUUUUAGAUUACUACCUGAAACUUUUCAAUUUUUAUUGGAAUUGAUAGGACCUGCAUUAAGUAGCACAAGGUCAAUUAGUGGUAGGAAACCAAUAUCUGCACAAAAGCAGUUGUUGAUGGCUUUGUGGAUGAUGGGAACACCAGAUUCAUACAGAUCUGUGUGUACAAAAUUUAACUUGGGAAAAGCUACAGCAAUUCGUACAAUGAGAAGAGUUGCUUAUGCUUUGCACACUCUAGCUCCUCGAUUUAUUAAGUGGCCUGUGGAUGAGAGAGCAGCUAAAGUAAUGAUAGAAUUUGAAAAAGCCAGUGCAUUUCCUAAUGUUUUAGGAGCCAUUGAUGGAACUCACAUUAAAAUAAGAGCUCCACAACAGGAUAAACAAUCAUAUGUGAAUCGUAAAGGAUACCAUUCAAUCCAUGUGCAAGCAGUUUGUACUCAAAACUUGCUUUUUACGAGUGUCUUUGCUGGAAAUGUUGGAUCAGUGCAUGAUGCACGUGUUUUUCGACUUUCUCCUGUCAGUCAGUAUGUUCAAGAUCCAGAGAUCUAUUUUCCUUAUAAUUCUCAUCUUGUUGGAGAUUCUGCAUAUGGCAUUCAUCCAUGUAUAAUGGUACCUUUUAAAGAUAAUGGCCAUUUGACGAAUAGACAGAAAAAUUUUAAUUUUUGUUUAUCCUCUGCGAGAAUUGCAAUUGAGAGAGCCUUUGGGUUAUGGAAAGGACGAUGGAGAAGCAUUUUGGAUUGUCUACCUAUGGUCACUUUGGAAAAAAUUCCAGAAUACUUAAUAGCUACUUGUGUAUUACACAAUAUUUGUAUCUUGAAAGGCGAUUUAAUAGAUUUCAAUGAAACACAUGAACAAAACAGACACCGUGGAACACUAAUACCCGGUAGAACAGAGGAUGGUAAUGUUAAACGACAAGCAAUUAUGAAUAAUUUAAUUAUAAGGAUUAAUGGUGCUAUAUAACUAUUCUAUAUCUAUCUAUAUAUGUAUGUACAUUUACCUUUUUUAUAUUUUUAAGCUAAAUAAAUUUUGUAAAUUAA